AUGGCUUUGUUUUCAGGGCUUCUGCUUCUAAUACUAUUUCUACUCUCUGUGGAGUCAAGAACUCGACCAAACCAAUUUGGUGACAUACACUUAGGUUCUCAGUUAUCUCCCAUCUCUAGCUUACAUUCAUGGCUAUCCCCUUCCGGCCAAUUUGCAUUUGGCUUCUAUGCACAAGGAAAUGGAUUUGCCAUAGGAAUAUGGCUCACCGGUCAACCUAAGAACACAGUUGUCUGGACUGCGAAUCGAGAUGAAGCACCAGUCUCCUCCAAUGCUACAAUUCACUUAUCGGAAGAGGGUAGGCUGCUUCUUCGAACUGAGCAAGACUACGAAAAUCUCAUUGCUAACGUAUCAGAAGUCGCAGAUUCAGCUUCAAUGCUUGAUUCUGGUAAUUUUGUGCUUUAUAGUGGUUCUCAGGUUAUUUGGAAAAGCUUUGAUUUCCCAACUGACACCAUAUUAGUAGGUCAGAAUCUUAGUUAUUCUGAUGAAUUGAUUUCAAGUGUAUCCAGCUCAAAUCACUCAAGUGGAAGGUUUCUCCUCCGGAUGCAGACGGAUGGAAACCUUGUCGCCUACCCUGUAAACAGCGCUGCUCUAGUUGAUGAUGCUUACUGGGCCAGCAAUACUAACAAAUACAUGGGGUUGAAUCUCUAUCUCAAUCACCAGGGAUUUCUGUUCAUGGAUAUGAACGGUUCUAAACCACUGUUAUUGGCAAGAAGUGCUUACCCCUGUGAGAACAAAACAGCAAUCUUUCGUGCAACACUUGAUGCCGAUGGGGUUUUUAGGUUGUAUUCACACUGCUUGAAGAACAAAACAACCUGGAGUGUGCAUAUUGAGUGGUCUGCAAAGAAUAAUCUAUGUGAUGUCCGUGGCUUCUGUGACUUUAACAGUUACUGCUCUGCAAUAGGCACUGACGCGGGCUGUUCCUGUUAUCCUGGAUUUGCUUUCAAUGACCCCAAUAAGAGAUUCAGUGGAUGCUACAAGAAUGUCAGUGAAAGUUUUUGUACAGGCAGCGAAGAAGGGCAAAUGUACGAUGUCAUAGCCAUAGAGAAUAUAUUGUUUGAACGGUAUCCUUACUCUGUCCAAGAAGGAAAAAAGGAAAAUUGUGGUUUGUUUUGCCUGGAAGAUUGUCUUUGUGAUGUUGCUCUGUUUAUCAAUGAGAAGUGUGAAAAGUAUACUGCACCAAUUCGAUAUGGUAUAAAAGAUAGAAACAUAUCAUCUACAGCCUUCUUCAAGGUGAAAGCAAACCCAAGCCCUUCUCCUGCUGCACCUCCAAUGAGCCCGACAAUCAUUAUAGAAAGCAAGAAAAGUUUAAUCGUGUUUCUUGCUAUAAUUUUUGGCUCCAUUGCUUUCUUGUGUUUCAUCAUUGCAAUCUCUACUUUCUUUGUGUACAGGGAUCGAGCUUAUCUAUACGAAAAGCUAUCGGGAGUCAUAAGCUUGGCUGGAGAGUUUACUCUGCAGUCAUUUUCUUAUACUGAGCUUGAGAAAGCAACAGAUAGGAAAAUACCUGGGGGUGAAAAAACUGUCGCUGCUAAGAGACUUGAGAAAGUUGUAGACGAAGAAGAAAAGAAGUUUCGAGCAGAAAUAAUUGUCAUUGGACAAACUUACCACAGGAACUUGGUUCGAUUGCAUGGUUUUUGCAUUGAGGGCUCUAGGAGGCUUCUCGUCUAUGAGUACUGGAAGAAUGGCACUCUUGCAGAUCUUCUGUUCACGGCUGAGAGGCGCCCCACUUGGAAAGAAAGAGUGAGGAUUGCUCUAGAUGUAGCUAGAGGAAUACUCAGCAGUAUAAAAGCCGACGUUUCAACAGCAGAUGAUCAAAUGGUUCUUUCCAGUUGGGCAUAUCAAUGCUUCGUAGCAGGACAGUUGGAUGAGCUCGUGAAGGAUGAACAUAUAGAAUACGAGUCACUGGAAAGAAUGGUGAUGGUCGGGCUGUGGUGUGUUCAGCAUGAUUCGGCUUUACGUCCUUCUAUCAAGAAUGUGAUCUUCAUGCUAGAAGGGUCCAAGGAUAUUCCAGCUCCACCAUCCUAA